GAGUGUUUCCCGGGGCGAAGGACCUGGUGCGGCGGCUGCUGACGAGGGACCCUCGUGAUAGAAUCACUCUUGAAGAGUGCACUGCAGUCAGCACCUGUCUGGACAUCUGUCCGCACGCCUCCUCAGCCUCAACCUCUCGCUGUCGUGCCGUCACCUCUCCCUCUCAUCCCUUUGCUCUCUCGUUUGUGUUGUGUCACAUUUCUGCAGGUCACCCAUGGAUCACCGGCAACUAG